GCUACCAUUUUGGUUUCUAGAAUAAUGAUUUAGGUUAUUGUAAUGUCACCUUCAACUUCUGCUAAUCCCUAUUUCUUCAACCAUCUCUAUUUUCCUUGAGCAAUUCCUUUCUUUAAAAUCAAACCCUUUUUCUCAAUCCCAUCAGGAUAUUCAAAAUCUUCUCUACCAUCGCAAAAGACCUAGAGAAGACACCGAUUUUCUCUGGCAAAACUAUGAAGAACAACAACAGCAACACAAAGCUGAUUCUUCUCCACCCUUACAUCCAAAAACAAGGAACUUCUAAUCGUCUAUGGCUGCUUGCUUUUGUAUCAUUCUUCACUAUUGCUUUUCUUCUCACUCUUAUUUACACAAGAGAGUCCAUACCUCUUAAAACAAUCACCACUAAAACCCCCAUGGCCGCCAAAACUUCUUCAGUUUCUUCUACUUUCGGCAAUGCACCAUUAGCAACGACUGUCAUCAACACUCUCCUCCAUUAUGCCUCGAGAUCAAACGAUUCUUUCCGUAUGACACACGCUGAGCUCAAACCAAUCUCUGAUGCCCUCCGCAAGUGCUCAUCUCCUUGUAACUUUCUCGUUUUUGGCCUCACUCAAGAAACCCUUCUGUGGAAAGCGCUAAACCACAAUGGUCGCACUGUUUUCAUCGAUGAGAACCGCUACUAUGCUGCAUAUUUUGAAGAGUUACAUCCUGAGAUUGAUGUUUUCGAUGUCCAAUACACCACCAGGAUGAGGGAAACCAAAGAACUGAUAGCCUCAGUGAAGGAACAAGUACGUAAUGAAUGCAGGCCAGUGCAAAAUCUAUUGUUCUCAGAGUGCAAGCUUGGUCUCAAUGAUUUGCCUAACCAUGUUUAUGAGGUUGAUUGGGAUGUGAUAUUGAUUGAUGGGCCGCGAGGAGACGGGCCAGAAGGCCCAGGGAGGAUGUCUCCAAUCUUCACGGCUGGAGUUCUUGCCAGGAGCAAGAAGAGUGGGAAUCCAAAGACACAUAUUUUUGUGCAUGAUUAUUAUAGGAAGGUGGAGAGAAUGUGCGGUGAUGAGUUCUUGUGCAGAGAAAAUUUGGUGGAACAUUACGAUACACUUGCACAUUUUGUGCUGGAGAAGAUGGAUGAGAAUAGUUUUGAGUUCUGCCGCAAUAAUAUUAAUACAUCAUCAUCAUCAAGAGCUUCAUCCACUUAGUCAUUUGGAUAAUCGUCAAGUCAUUAUCGAUCAUAAGCACUGUCUCAAGAAGGCAAUGGCAUAAAGAGGUAAAUCUGGUUAUUUAUCAUUUAUAUGAAAUUUUUAGACCUUUUCUGCUCCUGUGGGGAUGUAAAAAAUAAUUUUUUUUUUUUUUUUGGUUUUUGGCAAAUCCAACUUGUAAUCAGUGAAUUGACAUUUGAAAGUUUCAAUUAUAAUGAGAUUGCUACAGCUUUUGGUACAAA